CACAGCCCACGCAGUCAAGAUGCGGUACAUUCACUCCGAGGAAACGCUGCCCGUCCCCGAGAAUGUGAAGGUUCACAUUCGCUCUCGCGUUGUGACCGUCGAGGGACCCCGAGGCAAGCUCGUUAAGGACCUUUCUCACAUCGCCGUCACCUUCGGCCGCCCCGAGAAGAAUGUCAUCAACAUCCAGCUGCACCACGGUGCUCGCAAGGGUAUUGCCACCCUCCGCACCGUCCGCACCCUCAUCAACAACUUGAUCAUCGGUGUCACCAAGGGCUUCAAGUACAAGAUGCGUUACGUCUACGCUCACUUUCCCAUCAACGUCAACCUUGAGAAGAACGCCGAGACUGGCCAGGUCGAAGUUGAGAUCCGUAACUUCUUGGGUGAGAAGUACGUCCGCCGCGUGACUGCCCAGCCCGGUGUUGAGAUCGCCGUCUCCACCAACGUCAAGGAUGAGCUCGUGCUCUCCGGUAACUCCCUUGAGGGUGUCUCCCAGAGCGCUGCCGACAUCCAGCAGAUCUGCAGAGUCCGCAACAAGGAUAUCCGUAAGUUCCUUGAUGGUCUGUACGUGUCGGAGCGGGGUAACAUUGUCGAGGAGUAAGCGGUUGGAAAUGUCCGCCUUGGUGGGUAGUGAAGGAAUGUUCGAAGAAUACAUUUUCGCCUACUUGCAUAGGGAAGCAGCGC